AUGAUGAGAAAUGGUGUGCUGGUGCCUCAAAAUGGCUGUUUCGAUCCUUAUGACGGGAGAAGGCAUCCAUUAGGAUCACAGUGGAACACAGACCAUUGCAUGAGAUGCGAUUGCUCUGGUGAUAGAAUGGAAUGCUGUACCAGAUAUGGCGGCAUUGCACACAUGGAAGGCUGCAAAGGUUCUGUUAAUCCUGAAACGUGCGAGUAUGAAUUCUAUCGCAUUGACAACCCUUCGGAGCCAUGUGUCUGAGC